AUGGCUGAGCCAAGCUCGAACUCAUUUGCCAUGGAAACUAUGGCCAGUGCCAGCACUGACCUGGAACGGAACGAUGGCCGAUUCCUAAUGAACCAUUCUGUCAAGAAUUUCUCUUGGCACGGGCUUACAGUGACCGUCAAGGACCGCCAAACUCGGAAAGCACGGGAUCUGAUUUGUGAUAUUGGUGGCGAGGUGCAGCAGGGGGAGCUCGUGGCGCUGAUGGGGCCAUCGGGAUGUGGGAAAACAACCCUGCUCAAUGUGCUGGCGCGUCGGUCCUCCGGUGCCGCCACAGUAAUGGGUGAUAGCUUCGUGAACGGAGCCAAGGUCGACGCGGCUUCGUUCGGGCGCAUGACAUCGUAUGUUGAGCAGGAGGAUGCACUUAUUGGGUCCUUGACUGUACGGGAGACUCUGAAGUUCGCGGCGGAUCUUUCGUUGCCGAGUUCCGUGACGAAGCGCCAGCGUAUAGAGAGAAUUCGGACUCUGCUCGAGGCUUUUGGGAUUCAGAACCAGGCGAAUACCAUUGUUGGGACGCCGAUUCGGAAAGGGAUCAGUGGUGGCCAGAAGAGAAGGGUCAGUGUCGCGAGUCAGCUCAUCACUUGUCCCAAGAUACUGUUUCUGGAUGAGCCGACUAGUGGUCUGGACUCGACGGCUAGCUUUGAAGUGAUCUCGUAUGCUAAGGAGCUGGCGAGAUUGAAUAAUGUGAUCAUCAUUGCUAGUAUCCAUCAGCCCUCGACGACCACCUUCCAACUGUUUGACAAAUUACUCCUUCUGUCAGGCGGACGAACCUGCUACUUUGGUCCGACCCAGGAUGUGAAACCCUACUUCCACAAGAUCGGCCAUCCAAUUCCCAGCAACACUAAUCCGGCAGAGUUUCUCCUCGAUAUUGUCAGCUCCGAUUUCAACAGUGGCAAAGACUCAUCCCAGGAACGUGUUGAGGCAAUUCAACGUGCGUGGUCGACAUCUACUGAAGCCAAUGCGCUCACUCGACAUGUCUCUGAAAGGGCACAAGUGGCAGAGAAGGAUGUCAAUAAGGUGGUCAUGGAAGACAUGGCUCGGCCUGGUCAAGUGAAGAUCAUAAGCGCCCUCCUUCAGCGCUCAUUUAUCAAGAGCUACCGGGAUGUCGUUGCCUACGGCAUCCGCAUCGUGAUGUAUCUAGGGCUUGCAAUCAUGAUGGGCACAGUAUGGCUGCGCCUUCACCCAUCGCAGGAGUAUAUUCAGCCAUUCGUCAACGCAAUUUUCUUCGGUUCAGCCUUCAUGUCUUUUAUGGCAGUGGCCUACGUUCCAGCCUUCCUAGAAGAUCGCGCAAACUUUGCCAAAGAACGAGCCAACGGCCUCUACGGUCCUACCCCCUUUAUGAUAUCGAACUUCCUCAUCGGUCUCCCGUUCCUCUUCCUAAUCUCAAUCUUGUUCUCGAUCGUCUCGUACUGGCUUUCAAACUUCCGCCCCGCCGGUGACGCCUUCUUCACCUGGGUCAUGUGGAUAUUCCUCGACCUAGUGGCAGCGGAGUCCCUGGUUGUCCUCGUCACGGCGAUUUUCCCAAACUUCGUGAUCUCGCUAGCGCUCGUGGCAUUUGCAAAUGGGCUGUGGAUGAGUGUGGGUGGCUUUUUGGUGACUCCGACGAUUUUGAAUCCGUUUUGGAAAUAUGUGUUUCACUAUAUUGAUUACCAGGCCUAUGUCUUCCAAGGGAUGAUGGUGAAUGAGUUUUCGCAACGGAUCUAUUCAUGUGGUGCUGGGUGUCAAUGCAUGUAUACCUCGGACUUGGCAGAUCAGUGCCAGAUCCGCGGGACGGCCGUACUGAGAGACCUAUGGCUAUGCGAUAGGUCGGACUGGGAAAUGGGUAGGCAUUCUUAUCGGCAUCAUAGCAGUGUACAGACUCCUCGGGUGGAUUGCGCUUCUCUUGCGCAAGAAUUGAGAUAA